GCCAUGGCAACACCGCGUGGCCGAAGUCGCCGCGAUCCAGACCCGCGUGCUGAGUUCGCAGUUCCGCAGCCUAAACGAAUCUGCUCGGGGGUCGUACGGGUUGUUAAGACCAUCGAUCCGGCAGUCGCUAUUGAGCGCGCCUUGGAAUCGCGAAGCUCGUGGCGUCCCAUCCAUUCCAACAUGUCGUCACCCCAACACUCGCUCCACGACAGCCUGGACAAGCUGUCGUUGGUGCCAGAUGCUGCGACAAAACUAUAUCUCGCGUAUGAAGACGACGGCACGAUGAGUCCACGAAGCAAAUCGUCCGAUUCCAGCAUCUCGUCGGCCUCGUCCAGCGCAGACUCCACCAAGCGACGGAGUCCGUCGUCCAUGUUGGCCGUGAUUCAUGCACCUGAUGACGACGAAGACAGGGAUCAAGCAGCCUUCCCGUCGUCGCAUCGCGUACCAACGACGUAAAACCCCGCGCGCCCUUUCCCCGUCGAUGGAUGUGUCUACUUGUUAUUUAUUGCACGGCGAUGGCCUCGUCAAGGUAUGCUCGUUCGAAUCCAUGUCGUGCUUGC